GUUCUAAUUAUUUUCUUUAAAAAAAAAUAGCUCAAAAGAAGAUGUUGCGCCCGUUGUUUGGCGGCGCGCUGAGCUGCGAAAUCCCUGAGGGCUUCGCGGACGUGAGCUCUUUUCGACAGGUGCCCGACAACCAAGAGGUGUUUGCGAACGCGGCCACGGACCAGUGCGUCAUUGUGGAGCUGCUGCAGUACGAGGAGAGCGUGACAGAUGCUCAAAGCGCGCGCUACUUUUUCAACGAGAUCGCCCAGUCCAACGGCUGCGGGCCCGACGAGGUAACGGUGUUGCUCGAAGAAAAGGCGAAUACCAAGAAUGCGCCCGCGAACAUCGACGCGCCGCAUACUACACAGAUCAUCGUGGGAGACCAGAGCGUGGCUAAGUUUAAGGAGGGUGAUCAUGCCAAGAACGUGGUGCGCGUUUAUCUGGGCAACAUCCGGCUGCCCGGCGUGACUACGGACGUGGUGCUGUCAAUGUCAGCGCCCAUGCGCAUCAACCCAGCCAGCAGCAGCCGCGAUGCCUUCCAAUUCGAGGACAACUCAGAGGUGGCAGCCGCCAUAUUUAAGCAGGCACUGCAGUCCUUUGCCGUCCUGGACUGGUCGCUGUUCCAGUAACGGGAUAGCUCAUCACUAAGAUGGUUGGACGGCACGAUAAACGCGACUUUCGCGGUGAAUAAAUGUUGUUACACCUUUUAGAUUGGAUCAUUCGAUUGUUUGAUAACGCUAUAACGGAGUGCUUGGUGACACGAA